CCUAACAAGCCGAUGUUCCUUGCUACGGACUUCGUCUUCCUCUCGUAACCAAAAAACCCCCACGGAAGAGACGUCCUACAAGUUAACCCAUCACGAAAUUUCUUCCUUUUUCUUGUUUGUUUUCCCGGAAAAUUCUCUAAAGUCUCGAGCUUGAAAGAUCUCUCUUGAAUUUCUUUGACUGUCACGAGCUGUGCGGUUCAGCGAUGGCAGCUUCUCUGUCGAGCAGACUUCUCAGGCGACUCGGUGGUAUCCAAGCUGCUCGUUCUGGCGGAUUUGCAUCUGCACUGUUCUAUGAAAAUGGCAUGAGAUGCUUCUCCACCGUGCCCAAUGAUCCCGACACACAUGAUGAUUUUAAGCCUACGAACAAAGUCACAGGUUCCGCCCAGUCAUUAAAGGACAUAGUUGAGCAGGAUGUGAAGGAAAAUCCAGUGAUGAUCUACAUGAAAGGAGUCCCCGAAUUUCCUCAAUGCGGGUUCAGCUCGCUAGCCGUGAGAGUUCUGCAACAAUAUGAUGUUCCCAUCAGUGCUAGGAACAUACUAGAAGAUCCAGAACUGAAAAAUGCUGUGAAAGCCUUCAGCCAUUGGCCAACGUUUCCGCAGAUCUUCAUCAAGGGCGAGUUCCUCGGUGGCUCGGACAUCAUUCUGAACAUGCACAAGAACGGUGAACUGGAGGAGAAGCUUAAGGAAAUCUCUGGGAACCAGAAAUCUCGGUAAGUUGAAGAUCCAUGGAGUUCAGUUCACUUCCUUGUCGUCUCGCUGUUGUUCAGAAGAGGCUGAAGUUGCUUUUGAUGCAAGUUAUGUUUCUUGUCCCCCCGUGUAUGUGAUUCGUUCAUUGCAAUAAUGUUUCAAACUCUCGUAUUUCUUGUGAAGAAAUGACUUGCAAAAAGAAUAAAAAAAGGAUUGCAUAACAUAGAACUCGUUAUUCA